CCAAUACCCUUUAUAUCCGUCAUCCAGAACUCUAGGUGGCGCUCUCGGGUUUAAUGUCUCUUCCAGUGUCGUGUUAGAUGUAAAUGAAUGAACAGUAUUUCCUGUCUUUACAUUUGCUGGUCGGUGUAUUUUGUUUUUGUUCCAGUUCUUUUUUCACAUAAUGGCUGAGGAAGAGGAUGAUCCUGGUUUUGACGAGGAUUUGGACGACGGAGGUAACGGAGGAGAUUCGGGCCAAGGUAAAAGAAAGCGGCUUUUUUCGAAGGAGCUUCGCUGCAUGAUGUAUGGGUUUGGAGACGACCAAAAUCCGUACACCGAAUCAGUGGACAUACUGGAGGAUCUGGUAAUCGAGUUCAUUACGGAGAUGACACACAAGGCGAUGUCUAUAGGGCGUCAGGGCCGUGUGCAGGUGGAGGACAUUGUCUUUCUCAUCCGCAAGGACCCUAGAAAGUUUGCUAGAGUGAAGGACCUGCUCACCAUGAACGAGGAGCUGAAGAAGGCUCGCAAAGCCUUUGACGAGGCAAAUUAUGGGUCUUAACCUGCCGUCGGUUGCUAUGCUAUUAUUUGAUUCAAUCGACGCUAAAAGGGUUUAUUCUUGACUUUAAUGGAGUUUUACCUGUUGUAAUCAUAAGCCCACUUUUCUUUUAGUUCUGUAUUUUUCAGUUGCAUGGCCGUUCACAGUUCGUUUGAAUGAUGAUUUCUAAGAUUAUUAUAUAUUUUUUUGUUUUUCAGUUGUUGUACAAUAAAGAUACAUUGUUAAACUUUUAA